ACGAGAUCAGGUGGUUCGAGCGUUAUUAGGGCGACAUCAAUCCUCAUGGACCCCCUUUACGCCCCCCCUUCCGAAGUGGAGGUUUUGGACUGGUUCUCCGGUUACAGUGCUGCUUUCUCUCAAGACCAAAACGAAGAACAGAUGGUGAAAGAAGUCAGCAAUCUCUACAGGCAUGUCUUCGAGUGUUUUAAGAGGUCCCGUGAGACAGCCGGAAGGACAUCAUCUCAAGUACACGAAGAUCUACGCGUGUUUGGUUUCGACUAUUACGACUUGAAGGCUGAAACGCCUAUUCGCUUUUACUCCAAGCUUCGUGUUCCUGCGCAAUAUAGGCCGCCUCCAACCUCAGGGCAAGAAUUUGGAGAAGACACACAAGUGAUUUGGCCUAAGCACGAGAGGCGCAGAUGGCUUGCAUCUUACCUUCGCAACUCUUCUGCGCAUGGAACAACGCACGUUAGCAACGGGGUUGUAAGCAUUGAGAAUAGAAGAAACGGAGAACUUGUCCCAAAUUUCCGCAUCUUCCUUCCCGUGAGGGAAUAUGUUAGGUUGAUAGCACUUUCCUUGCAGUCUCUUGUUACACAUGUUGUGCAGAGAUCUCCUACCAUGAAUCAAUUGGGGCGUUUGGCGUUGUAUCCAUAUGGCGAGCUGGUUGGAUUUUUCCGUCGCUUUUUAGAGGACCUUCCUUAAGUUUCAAAUGACUUCUUUGUAACGUCUAGAUCAGAAAUAUCUGGCGUUCUACCUAGGUAGGUAGUUCUGGCAGG